GCUGCUGCCCACAUGCAGGCCUGGACGCAGCCCCUAACCCAGGCCCUACCCUUCUCCCUUGGCGGGGCCCUGCGAGACGCUGGGCUCCGAGUGCCCACUGUAAAGAUGGGCACCAGGUGGGAGGGCCUGCAGCGCACCCUGAAGGAAGUGGCCUACAUCCUCCUCUGCUGCUGGUGUAUCAGGGAGCUGCUGGAUUAA